AUUACCGACUUUUCGGUUCGUCUGUUCGACUCGACUCGACUCGAGUUUACGACCCUGCGACUUUAUUCGCUUGAUCUAUCACUUGAUUCUAUUCCGAUUGAUAUACCGGCACAAUGGUUAAGCGUUUGAACUCUCUCGUCAUAAGUUAACCGGCAUUUACCGAUUCGCCGCUUGUUACGUUUUUCUUUUUUCUUCGAGCUUCCUUUUGCCGUAAACUCAACGGUUCGACAACGAUUUUCACCGUCGACGUGUCGUUAUCCGAAUUGACAGAUGCACGCACACGCUCUACAUCUGGCUAACUACUUCUCGAUAAUAUAAUCUAUUCGAUAUCAAUCAAUUAUUCAAUUUUUCGAAAUGCUUGGUACAACGUAUUUAUAAAGGGCUUCUAUAAUUGCAGGAAUAUCUUUGUCAACUACCGUAUGUCAGCCGUGUGCCAUUCAAGAGUCAAACCAUCGAUCACAUCGCAAAAUUUCUCCUGCGAACGGUACAAUUAAAAAAAAAUCGUCAUCCGCCAACGUCAUCGUCACUUGCAGACUUCUAGGGCCAUCGAUGGGCCACGUGCUCCUCGACGUGAUUCGCUGAACCACGAUUAGCGAUUUCGCGAAGAGAACACCAACGGUCCUGCCGAAUAGGCCCAGGGCCACACGGACACGUCGCUCAUGGCCGAUUAUCGGGGGUGACUGGCGUCGUAAAUAAGCGCGAGCCGUGACGAGCCAAUUAGCCAGGAAGCCGUUUCGCUGGCGCGUCUGCCGGUGUUCUGGGACUGACUUCUCCCCUGGGAGAAGCACGGCGACGGGACCGGGUGGCACAGCCUCGAUUAUCUCGGCCCGUGUGGCGACAAGCCACACCACGAGCACCGCGUCUUCUCUCGGAAUCGAGAUCGACUUGCUGUCGCAGUCACCACGCGUUCUACGACCGCGAAGCGUUCGGAAGGGUGGGUCGCGCGACCUCGACAGUUCCACGCGAGCACCAAGUCUCCCAGGACGUUCCUUAAGUUCUCCAGAAGGGACAAAUCGAAAUAGAAGAUUGUACGAUCGUUUGAUAUUUCGUUGUUCUUUCGUUAAUUUCUUCAUUCGUUCUAUGGUGCGAUAUAAGGGCUAGAAUUUCGUUUCAGAAGGGUGGUUUGCUAGGAAAUUCACGAUACACUGAUAUUUCAGCUGAAAUUAUAUCGCGUUAGGAAGGAAACGUUAAGUAUUCUAUUAUUGCAGAAAGUUUCGAGACUUAGUUUCGUUCACUGAGGAUGACAGUGGUUUAACGUUUGCAAAAUUCAGAGGGGAUAUUUAGAAGUUUCGAAAGAAGGGUUUGGAAGGACGAUCGAAAGCGUGCGCCGAUUUGUUGGUGGCGCGCGGUAUCGGCAGCUUCGUAACAGUGGCAAUCGGAAGUGAUAAUGCGCAUAGGAAAUCGAGACAGUGAUUAAUAGUGAACUAAUUAUAUAUGAAACACAACUAAAGAAGACAAACAGAGAAGAGUAAGACGUCACGGACUGCGUAGUUUUAUGAGACAUUGGUUUUGACUAGACAGAGCUUCGACUAGCCGACAAAAUGAUAGAAGAGGCUGCGAUGUUUGACAUGACGGACGAGUUGUUGUUCUCCGCGUUGGGCCUGACCAUGGACACAGGUGUCGAGAAGCAACUGUUCUCCACAAAUUCCACGAGUUUCGCGUGCGACUACGAGGCAUCCUCUUGCAGAACGACGCCACGCAGCGAUGACUCGGAGACCGUCGAUCAAUCGAAUAAUAUAGGGAACACGAUCGAGUGUUACACGGAUCUGACUUGUCCGGCGAAGACAUCUUGGAACGAAUGGUCUGAUAACAAUUCAACGCCACUGUCAGGUACAGGAUGUCUAAGCGAACUAAGCGAACUGAGUGAGUUAGACUCGGAGUUGGAAUGGUGUUUAGACAGAAGCUGGAAUUCGGGUCUUCCGGACAGAACACCAUUGUGCACAGCAGGCUGCGAGGGUUUUCUACACCUUCCUCUGCCCAACCCACAGCAAACGUUUCAACGAGAGGAACCAUUAUGGGUACUUGGGAUCGAUUUGAGAGCCCUCGAUGAUACCUUGGAAACCAGCGGUAUAGCAGCUGCCGCGGCACUAGCAACCCACGACUACACUAAUCGCAGUUUGGCGAACGCGGCUGAGGAUCGAUGCUUUCCUUGCACUUAUCAAGGAUGCGUCAAGGUUUAUGCAAAGGCGUCCCACUUGAAAGCUCACCUACGUCGGCACACAGGCGAGAAACCAUUUGCCUGCACGUGGUCCGGUUGCGGAUGGCGUUUCAGCCGAUCCGAUGAACUAGCCAGGCAUAGACGAUCGCACUCAGGCGUAAAGCCUUAUCCGUGCGAAAUGUGCUCAAAGAGGUUCGCGCGCAGCGACCACUUGGCCAAACAUCGCAAAGUGCACAGAAAGAACGCUUACCCAUUGUUUCACGGGGGAAGAGGGCUACGCGGAGAAAAGAUGAAUUCCAUUCUACCAGCGGAGAUUUAGUCAAUUUAUCUUAUAUAAUAUAACUGACGAUGAUGGUAUUGAGCGUCGGAAGAAUUUUCUUUCGGAUUUCUCGAAUUUGCAGCUUCGUUGCUUCCUUGCGAUGAUAUUUAAUCGGGAAAUCGGGAAGAAAGUGUUUAGUUCUCGAUGCGUGAAAAUUGUGGAAAAUGAUUUCCGUGUUGAAGUUUUAGCGAGAAAAUAUAAUUCAAACUGAAUUAAGUGACAAAAUUUAUAAUGUGACAAUAAAUUGUUGAAAAUACGAUAAAUUGUUUGUUGAUUAUUUAAUACGAUUUAAGCGAGAAGCUGUAAAAUAUAACAUUAGUUAGAACCAAACUGUGAAAGCCUCGAGUUCUUGAUAAAGACUUUGCUAGAUAUACCAAAAAUGUGCCUAAUCAUCGUCGCAAAUGUGCCUCAGUAUCAUAUAUACAUCAUCAAAAGUGAAAGAGCUUUUAUGCAAUAAACAGAACUUCAGACUUACCGUAUCCUUGGAGAAGGGCCUUCGAGAAUUGAUAAUUCUGCUGCGUUUUCUCCACGUACCCCAGUAAGGUGGACGUUGAUUUUCAGAAAAUUGUAGCAAUUUAGGUCGACGCAUCUCUACAACAACAUUUUGCUUCACAAUGUUCGAACUGCCGUCGUUUUCUUCGUCUA